GAUGGGCGGGGCGAAAAAACCUUAGUAUAUAAGACAACCUCUGCCGCGCGGGAUCUCUAAUCUGCCAUUUUCUCUAAGUCCUUAGUAUCCUGAAAUUUCUGCUUUACUCGCAAGCUUUAUUUCGCUCGCUGGUCCGCCACUUAAGGGGAACGAUGGCCGCAGAAUGCACAGCCACUGCCGCCAUCACUGCAGAGCUGGUUCCCGCCGACAAAAUUGAGGAAGACGCCCCAGCUCCUUCUACCUCUGCAGAUAAGAUAGAGAGUUUGGAUGUGGAUAGUGAAGCCAAGAAACUAAUGGGUUUAGGACAGAAACAUCUGGUGAUGGGGGAUAUUCCAGCAGCUGUCAAUGCAUUCCAGGAAGCAGCUAGUCUUUUAGGUAAAAAAUAUGGAGAAACAGCUAAUGAGUGUGGAGAAGCUUUCUUUUUCUAUGGGAAAUCACUUCUGGAGUUGGCAAGAAUGGAGAAUGGUGUGUUGGGAAAUGCCCUGGAAGGUGUGCAUGUGGAAGAGGAGGAAGGAGAAAAAACAGAAGACGAAACUUUGGUAGAAAAUAAUGAUAACGUCGAUGAGGAAGCAAGGGAAGAAUUGAGAGGACAGGUAUAUGACGCGAUGGGAGAAAAAGAAGCCAAAAAAACAGAAGACAAGUCUCUGUUAAAGCCUGAAACUGAUCAAAAACAAGAAACUGAAAUGGAGAAAGGUGAAAGAGAAGAUAUGGAUUUAAGUGAUCCUGCUGAACAGCUGCAAGUAAAGGUUGAAUCAACCCCAGAUCAACUAACUGAAACUUCCAAAGAGGCAAAAGGAGCAAUAGCAUCAGGACUGAAUAAAGAAGAGGUCACUUCUAGGAAGCCAGAAACAGAAGUACCUGUUGCUGAGGAAGGAAAAUCAGCAACCGGAACAAACAUCCAGGAGGAAGAAGAGUACAGAGAAAAAGGAGAUCAAGAGAAGCAGGAAAAGGUAAUUAUAAGCAUGGAGGAAAAGCCUAAAGAAGCUUCAGAACAACAGUCUAUUGUUCCUCUAAAAGAGCAGGGCACUAUAGUGGAGGUAACAGCAGAACCUGGAGACCUAACAGUCAAGCCUGUGGAUUUGGGUGGGGAGAACCCAAAGCAACAGGUAGCUCCUUCUGAAAACGAGCCCGAAAAGGCUGUUCUUGAGGAGCUACUUGUAGGGCAAGAAGUGGCCCUUGAUAAGGAAUCAACAGAUGUGAGAACAGAAAUUGUAGAAGUUGGAUCAGAAGUCUCUGAAAAACCUGAACCGGAGGCUGAAGUUCCUCUAAAGGAUGGUGAAGUCAAUGGAAUGUCAGCCACUGGAGACCAGACUCCCAUUGAAUUACAAACACCUGCAGAAGGACCAACAGAAACGAAAGAUGAUUCAAGAGUAGAGGAGGAGGAUGUUAGGGCAGAGCUGAUUCCUAGCCAGGUGGAAACUAAACUGUCCAUAGACGAGUCAGAGGCAUCUGGAGAUGGGGUUGAGACUGAGACUAAGGUAGCCCAGGGGGCUACUACGAAAUCACCUGAAGACAAAGUUAAGAUAACGGCUAUUGAAGACACACAAGAGAGAGAAGAACAGAUGAAAGAGGGUGAAGAAACUGAAGGCUCAGAAGAGGAGGAUAAAGAAAAUGAUAAGGGUGAAGAAAUACCAAAUGAUUCAGUUCUUGAAAACAAAUCUCUUCAAGAAAAUGACGAGGAGGAGAUUGGGAACCUAGAACUUGCCUGGGAUAUGCUGGAUUUAGCAAAAAUCAUUUUUAAAAGGCAAGAAACAAAAGAAGCUCAGCUUUAUGCUGCACAGGCACAUCUUAAACUUGGAGAAGUUAGUGUUGAAUCUGAGAACUAUGUGCAAGCUGUGGAGGAGUUUCAGGCUUGCCUAAACCUGCAAGAGCAGUACCUAGAAGCCCAUGACCGUCUCCUUGCAGAGACCCACUACCAGCUAGGCUUGGCCUAUGGGUACAACUCUCAGUAUGACGAGGCAGUGACACAAUUCAGCAAAUCUAUUGAAGUCAUUGAAAAAAGAAUGGCUGUCCUAAAUGACCAGAAGGAGGCUGAAGAAUCACCUACUGAAUAUGAGAAAGAAAUUGAGGAGCUGAAAGAACUGCUACCUGAGAUUAGAGAGAAGAUAGAAGAUGCAAAGGAGUCCCAGCGUAGUGGGAAUGUAGCUGAAUUGGCUUUGAAAGCUACUCUGGUGGAGAGUUCUACUACAGGUUUCACUUCUAGUGGAGGAGGCUCUUCAGUCUCCAUGAUUGCUAGCAGAAAGCCAACUGAUGGUGCUUCCUCAUCAAACUGUGUGACUGAUAUUUCCCACCUUGUCAGGAAGAAGAGGAAACCAGAGGAAGAGAGUCCCCGGAAAGAUGAUGCAAAGAAAGCCAAACAGGAGCCGGAGGUGAAUGGAGGCAGUGGGGAUGAUGCGGUUCCCAGUGGAAAUGAAGUUUCGGAAAACAUGGAGGAGGCUGAGAAUCCAGCUGAAAGCCGGGCAGCAGUGGAGGGGACAGUGGAGGCCGGAGCUACAGUUGAAAGCACUGCAUGUUAA